GCGGAGCCGCCAGCGUUCAGGAGCUGCUGGCAUUGUCGGGUGUGGGUGUCUUGGCGUUUGAGUGAGUCGACGUGAUUGCGUUCAGUGUCCUUCACUCGCUAACAGGUCAGAAUGCAGAUUUUCGUGAAGACCCUGACCGGCAAGACCAUCACUCUGGAGGUGGAGCCCAGUGACACCAUUGAAAAUGUGAAGGCCAAGAUCCAAGACAAAGAGGGCAUCCCCCCCGACCAGCAGAGGCUUAUCUUUGCUGGCAAGCAGCUGGAAGAUGGCCGCACUCUUUCUGAUUACAACAUCCAGAAAGAGUCCACCCUGCACCUGGUCCUGCGCCUGAGGGGUGGCAUGCAGAUCUUCGUGAAGACCCUGACUGGCAAGACCAUCACCCUGGAGGUGGAGCCUAGUGACACCAUUGAAAAUGUAAAGGCCAAGAUCCAAGAUAAGGAGGGCAUACCCCCUGACCAGCAGAGGCUUAUCUUUGCCGGCAAGCAGCUAGAAGAUGGCCACACUCUUUCUGAUUACAACAUCCAGAAAGAGUCAACUCUCCACCUGGUUCUCCGUCUGAGGGGUGGCUGUUAAUUCUUCAGUUUUGAAUUCAUAGUGCCCAAUGAUGGCAUUGCUCUGCACUAUAGCCAUUUUGCCCCAAUUUAAGUUUAGAAAUCACCAGUUUCAGUAAUAACUGAGUCACUGGUUUUCUCAAUAGCUGUUCAAAAUGUUAAUAAAAGUUUCGUUGCAUGGUAGCAAAAAAAAAAAAAAAAAAAAA